UGAGUGUGGACCAAAGUUAAAGAGGUAGCGCAAGGUUAGUCAGUUGGUGUGAUAUUUUGGCUUCAAAAAGUUGGCAGAACAAUUGCAUUGAUGAAAGUCCUUCUACAACAAUUCACAAAAUGAAGUUGGCGACGUUAUGCAGUCGACUGCAGUCCCUUGCACUCACAAGUCAAAAUGAUUGUCAACAACAACUAAUGAGAACAAUCCGCAGUUAUUCAGUGAACACCCAGAUACCACAAUCCCUGCACCGUCCAGUGUCUGUAUGGCCAAUAGUCAAGCCAACUUGUCUUUUACCUGGAGAAAAGCAACAUUUUGGAACUUUUUGUGUAAGAUCAGAUUUCCAUACGUCGAGUGUGACCUAUAAAUUCAUUCCAUGGAAGAGUACACCGAAGUACACGGUCAAACCUCUCGGGUUGACUAAAUCUGCUGGUCGCAACAAUACAGGCAGAGUUACCGUCACUGGUCGAGGUGGCGGCCACAAACGACGCUAUCGUAUGGUGGACUUCAAACGCAUCGGUCCUGAGGAAGGCGCCCCCAAAGAAGAGAAGGUACUCCAGGUCAGGUAUGACCCCUGCCGGACUGCAAACAUUGCUAUGGUUGCCGCUGGUAACCACAAACGUUGGAUACUUGCCACAAUCAACAUGGAAAAAGGUGACAUCAUCAAAACAUCCGGUGUCAUCGGUAGAAUGACAGUUGCUGCAAAUGAAGGUGAUGCGUACCCCUUAGGAGCUCUCCCCAUCGGUUGCCUCGUCCAUAGCGUAGAGGUCUUCGAGGGCGCCGGUGGGUCCUACGUCAGAGCAGCGGGUACGAGCGCUCAGGUCAUUCGCAAGACUGGCGGUCAGGUGAUCCUUCAGCUGCCAUCUAAACAACAGAUCAGCGUCAGCGAGAAGUGUAUGGCAACAGUUGGGCGUGUCUCCAACGAGGAUCACAAUAAGAAACCCAUUGGCAAAGCUGGUAGGAAUAGAUGGCUUGGUUGGCGUCCAUCGAGUGGCCUUUGGCAGAGAAAGGGUGGAUGGGCUGGCAGGAAAAUCCAUCCUCCACCUCCUCUGAAAGUCUACAGGAGUCCAGACAAAAAAGGAACACAUAUAAGCGUGUAAAUGAACUAAAAACCCCAAAGAAAUUGUACUCAUUUCCAAAUAUAGAUUUCCCUCGGCCACUUUUAACAACAAAAAAAACCUUGUUGCAAACAUUUGUGUGCUUUUAGAUACAUAAUAAAAGGCUUUUAAAGGC